CCGAAGGAACAAGAAGGCAAUGAACAAAGUCCAUACUCCCAUCAAACAUCUCUCUAUAAAAACCCCAAAAUCCCAUCACUUCCUUCUUCAUAAAUUCCCUUUAUAUCUUCAUUGUAACAUCAUGAACACUUCACUUUCCUAUGCUUUUCUCUUCCUAACAUUCUUCACUUUCCUUCACUUCCCAUCAAUUCUCUCUCGCAAACUAACGACACAAUCUCCUUAUUCCACUAAUACCUUUGAUGUCUCGGCCUCCAUUAACCAAGCCUUAAAUGCCCUUUCCAUCAAACCCAAACCCUUUCAAACCACUCACUCUAAUUACCAUUCAAGUUCACCUCUAUCUCUCUCACUCCACCCUAGAUUGACCGUUCAUAACCCUUCUUACGAGGACUAUGGUAGUCUUGUUAGGGCCCGACUCGCUCGUGGUGCCGCCCGAGCUCAAUCCCUUAAUAGAAAGCUUGAGCUCUCUUUAAAAGGGGGUAAACAAUUUGGUAGAAGAAUUAAUGGAUCUGAUUCUACAAAUUCACUUACUGCUCCCGUUACUUCAGGGGCGAGUCAAGGAGCUGGCGAAUAUUUUGCUCGGAUUGGAGUCGGUCAACCUGUGCAAUCGUAUUUUUUUGUGCCUGAUACUGGAAGUGAUGUUUCGUGGCUACAAUGUCAACCAUGUGAUGGUGAGAAUGGUUGUUAUAAACAAAUUGGCCCGAUAUUUGACCCGAAAUCGUCGUCUUCUUAUAGUCCGCUGUCUUGCGAUUCGGAACAAUGUCAUUUGUUGGAUGAAGCUGCUUGUGAUGCCAAUUCAUGUAUCUACGAAGUUGAAUAUGGUGAUGGAUCAUUCACAGUCGGUGAACUUGCCACCGAAACGUUCUCAUUUCGACAUUCUAAUUCCAUUCCUAAUCUCCCGAUUGGUUGUGGUCAUGACAACGAAGGCCUCUUUGUUGGGGCUGCUGGUUUAAUUGGCCUCGGUGGUGGGGCAAUUUCCCUUUCUUCUCAAUUAGAAGCGACGUCAUUUUCAUAUUGUCUGGUCGACCUAGACUCAGAAUCAUCCUCCACUCUUGACUUCAACGCAGACCAACCAAGCGACUCACUCACCUCCCCACUUGUGAAAAAUGAUCGAUUCCCCACGUUUCGGUACGUGAAAGUAAUUGGGAUGAGCGUCGGUGGGAAGCCUUUACCGAUUUCCUCGUCAAGCUUUGAAAUCGAUGAAUCAGGAUCAGGGGGAAUAAUCGUGGAUUCUGGGACGACUAUAACUGAAAUACCAAGUGAUGUGUAUGACGUGUUAAGAGACGCGUUCGUGGGGCUAACAAAGAACCUCCCACCAGCACCAGGGGUAUCACCGUUUGAUACUUGUUAUGACUUAUCAAGUCAAUCGAAUGUGGAGGUGCCAACCAUAGCAUUUAUUUUACCAGGGGAAAACUCGCUACAACUACCAGCAAAAAAUUGUUUGUUCCAAGUGGACUCAGCUGGAACUUUCUGCUUGGCGUUUCUUCCAUCAACAUUUCCACUUUCUAUUAUUGGGAACGUCCAACAACAAGGAAUACGUGUCAGCUAUGACUUGGCCAACUCUCUCGUCGGAUUCUCGACUGAUAAAUGUUAAAACUCAACCGACAUGUGAGUGGGAUUAUAGUUGUUUAAUUUGGGUUCAUUACAUUAUUCUAAGCAAAUAAAAUACUAUAACUUAUCAUAGUACAUUGUAUAAAAAAAGUUUAUUAUAUUUAAUAGUGUGUUGAAUUAAUUAAUCAAAUAAUGUGAAUGUAUUUCUUUCAUAUGA